AGGAAUCGAUAGUUUACAGCAAACGAGUGAAACACAGAUCAAGUGUAUGGAAGUAAUUGUGCGACAAGGCGGGACGGCAGGAGUCCUUGACUCUCCCUCAGGUCUUGAUGACAACAUGUUCCCUACUGACCAGCAGGAUGAAGACAAUCAGUUGGUUGCCAUUGUGGCUGCAGAUGGGGAAGACACUGGGACCAUAUAUCAAGCAAUGCUCAUGUCAGAUAUGCUACCAAAGCAAGCAGAACCUAAGUUAAACUUGGAUGAACAGAAGGAGUACACAGAGGGAUGGAAUAUUCAGCACAAAGAUGAGGGUGGCCAAGAGCAAAUGAAUCAUUCCACCUCCUCCUCCUCAACUGACCUGUCCAUCUCACAGAGCUCCUCCUCAUCUUCCCUCAACUACAAGGCUGCAACCUGCCCUUCCAAACCCCCAGAUGAGACAGCCGCAUCAGAUCAGCGCAGAUACUCGUCAUCAAGUGUGCCCCACUCACCACUCUAUUCCCGGUCACCUUUUCCUGAAGUUACUGUAAAGAAGGACAUCCAGCUUGCAGGCUCAGUUAACACUAAUUGCUAUAACGCAGCAGUCAAUGAGGGUCUUGGAUGUGAAUCCAACAUAAAUAUCAGCAGGUACAUAGCCAAGGCUCGCAAUCUCAUAUCUAGAAAACAUGGGCUCAGUGAGUAUUGUACUGAACGAAAAAGCGAAAAACAGUUUAAGCAUAGUAGUGCGUAUGUCCAGUACGAACAUGCACCAGUGUUAAGUGACACCUCCAGCGAUCAGGAAAGAGAGCCUUUGAAUUUAUUGCAUGGACAAGCAUCUGUUUUACCUGGUUCAAGCAUACUGCAGAGAGCAGUUACACAGACAUUUUCAAUGCCUUCACUCGGUAACCAAACACUGUUACUCAGUUCGCUGCCAUUGUGCAAUGAAGAAUCCAGCUUUCCAGUAAAGCAAUUGGGAAUUGAUUCUGCCAGCACUCACACAAACAGAACGCAGGUAUGCAGUUCAGAAGUGACAGCCAAAAGCGGUUCAAGGAGUACACCUUGGGAUAAUACAGUGCCUGACAUGAAAAAAUAUCGCUAUAACCAAACUGCAAUGGCCUUACAGCAGUCUGGUUUAAUGAAAACAACAAUUAAAACAGCUGAGCUUCUCAGAAAAAGUCGCCUGCUUCAAGAAGAGCUAAGAAAACUCCGAAGAGAGACUGCAUUCUUGGUGCAGUCUGUACUUAACAAUCCAGAAAACAAGCACAUAAAAGAACUGUAUUUUAACCAGCCUCAAACACAAUCUUUUAAGUCCUAAUGUGACUUUGAAACAACAACAAUACCACUAGGUGCAUAUGGGAUGUAGUAAGUGCAAUCAUCUAAAAGAUUGAGACUGUCUCAAUGUACUUACGCCUUGUUAAGUGAAGACAAUCUUCUUAAGGAUUGUGACUAUCUCAGUGGACUUACGCCUUGUAAAGUUAAGACAAUCUUCUUAAGGAUUGUGACUAUCUAGAGGCACUUACGCCUUGUCAUUGUUUUGAAUCUAUAUGUGCCAUUAUUGUGUCUAAUCUAUAUGUGCCAUUAUUGUGUCUUUUUUAUUGUUGCACUGAAGACUCCAAGGUUUACUAAGGCGGAAUGUGGGUCUGUUUGAAUUAAUCCUUGAAGGCUCUUUUAAAGAGGUGUUACUAGCAUGGGUUGAAUGAAUAAAAUGAUUGCCAACAGUUUUCGUCAGGGAUUGUAUGUCAUUAUGGUCAUGUUUGAGAAAGCAGCAUUUUUGCAUUUUGUUGUUACAUGUAAUUGUAUGACAACGAUGCCGAUGGAGGUUUUGAUUGCCAGUUAUAUUCCAAUUUGAAAAGUUCUUUCUGACAGCAGAGCUUCUGUUGAUUGUUGUUAAGUUUUCUGUUAUAACUUAUAUUAAUUUUUUUUUAAAGUUUGAUGUUUAAACAAACAAGUUAUUUGUAUAUAUAAUGACUUCUAGAUCCAUGUGAUUUUUUAUCAGCAUUUUAAACGUCAUGUUUUUAUCAGUUGGGUCCAGAAUAUCUUAAAAUGAAAAGAAAUACUGUGUGUAGUGGGUUUCACAUUAAAAGUUAGUUUUAUGAAGACUAUCUCUUUAGCAACCCAACGAGUUAAGGCUUGUAAAUUUGGUCAGUUUAGGUGUUUGAAAUGGUAAUCACCAAUUCAAUACACGAUUUUAGAUAUGUUGUUCAGUCUUGGUAAUGGAAUAAUCAGAUUUAAAAAAGAUAUUCAAUGGUGGGACAAGACUUGACUCAUUUAAAAGAAGGAUGUGGCUAAAUUUGAUCUUAGCAUUAGAAACAAUUGAAAUGGUUUGUGGGAGAAGUAGGAGUGAGAAAAUCCAGGAAUUGAAGAUGACUUCAUUUGUUUGACAUUUGUGUGAAACACAAAUGAGACUUUGCUCUCUUCUGUAAAUAAUUUCUAUGAUAAUUGAUUAUUAUUGUUACAAUGUGCUCUUGAUGUUGUUGAGUUGUCUUCACUGGCCUUUUUUUGUUACACGAUCAUGCCUUGUUUUUGCAAUGGUGAGGUAUUGUUCAACUGUAUUGCGCUGUUGAUAAUGAGUCAAAAACUGUAAAGUCAAAGAUGGCCAGUAAAGGGUAAAUAUUCUGAUAUUUUGUAUUUAUAUCUAUUUAUACAAACCUGUUUUGAUGUGUUACAUUCCUACAUAGAGUAAUCUUCUUUUAUUAAUAAAACUACUGUCAAAUAAAUUUAUUGUGAUUACAUAUAGCAGUUUGUGUAAAUGAACUGUAUAAAUUAACGUUUCUGUUGUAACAAUUUGAGUUACUUCAUUUUUAUUACAACAAUAUUUUUCAUAGGAAUCUAUUAUAUCUUUCAAAAAGUUUAUUUAUAUCUACUGUGUUUGGUGGUAUUGUUUCCGCAUACCUAUACUGUUGUAAACUUUGUUAUUAAGCUGGAUGUCUUUGUUCUUAUUCAGUCGAAGAUAGUAAAAAUUGUGAUGAAAGUGUUAUUUGUUUUCUCCAUUCAUGUCAUGUGUAGAAACUGACCUGUUCAUGUCGUACGAAAUCCAUGUACAUCUGUGAAUUU